AUGGCAGGCGGCUAUUUUGAUCUUCCCACCACCUCUUCCCAGCGUUCCAGCCUUACAGAUGUACCCGAGGCAGAUGCCCGAGGUCCAUCCCCACCUGGGCCGCGCGUAUCGCCGUCCGAGGGCUCCAAUGAGGCCCUACCAGAGCGCGCGACUCUCGACCCCGGCGGAGCUCAUGGCAAGCAGCGGAAUGCAGGCAUUCUAAAGAGCGCGAACCGGGUCAAGUUCACCGUCGGCGAGGCGGCCCUGCCCCCCACGUCACAGCGAAGGGGUUCGCCUCUGCCGCAGAGACCGCUGCCUACUGCCAGCAUUCCGGCGUAUGAGCGAACCGCAUCUGAUCCCCACCCCUUUCCUAAUGGGGAACCUAGCUCGACCUUUCCUGCCGGUACCGCUGUUUACUCCAGGGAUAGCUCCUCAGGGAUCGUUGCUACCGAUGAAGUCAGCAAUGAGAAGGGCAGGGCUAUCCACUCGGCCUACUCAGCGCAGGAGCGAGCCCAGAAGUUGGCAUCCCAUUUGGGACGUCCCUCGAAGUCUCCCAGUCAGAGCCCGUGGCCGAGUCUGCCGUCAUCUGUUGCUUCGUCUCCUACAGAAGCGUCACAGCCAUUUGAGGAUGCUGAUGACAUUCCGAUGAUCCGGCUCCCUGAAAAACAGCUCGACUACCCUUCGGACGAGGACGAUGACUACUACGGCCUAGUAGAUGGACGCCCUCACAACCGCAACUCUGAAGCUCACCAGCUUGUUGAACAGAUGACUCGCCGAGACUUUCACCUUCUGAACCGCAUCAGUGCUAAUUCUCCCAGCGGCCUGCGCUCUGGCCCGGUCACCCCUAUCGAGGAAAGGGAUCCUGACGCCUACGUCCAGCGUCCGACUCACUACCGCGGCGGCAUUCUGUCCUCGCUCCUGAAGCUUUACGAGCAGCCGACCCUGAAUCUACCCCGGGGCCGCUAUGGCCACUCCCGCCAGAGCAGCUCUGGUGACCUGAGUGCCCGCGGCCUCUCCCCGGACCCUUCGUGGCGUGCUCCUCAGAAGCCCAGGAAGUGGUAUGAGAAGUCGGCCAAUCAGUCCAACACCUCCUUGUCGGGUUCGACAGCCAAGAAUUCCAUCAGCUCGCCAUUUUCAAUGCUCAGACGCUCCCGCAGUAGCGGGGCUAUCCCCGGGAUGUCCAAGCGCAUGGGGAAGCCCCAGCUCGAAGAUGAAAUCCGCAUCACUGUUCACAUUGCCGAGCUGCUUGCGCGCCAGAGGUAUCUGCUCAUACUAUGCAAGGCCCUGAUGAAGUUUGGUGCCCCUACCCAUAGACUUGAGGAGUACAUGAAGAUGACGGCCCGCGUGCUGGAGAUCAAUGCCAACUUCUUAUAUCUGCCCGGCUGUAUGAUUGUCUCCUUUGAUGAUGCAUCUACCCACACUACAGAAGUGAAACUUGUUCGCGUGAACCAGGGUGUCGACUUGGGCAAGCUCUCUGAUGCACACACCGUUUAUAAGGAAGUGAUCCACGACGUGAUCGGGGUGGAAGAGGCCAUGCAGCGGCUAAGCAAGCUGUUGCAGAAGGACAACAAAUACCCCAUCUGGCUUCUUAUUCUCUUCCACGGCCUCGCCAGCGCAUCUGUUGGCCCUUUUGCCUUUGGUGCUCGUCCCAUCGAUAUGCCCAUCGCCUUCGUCCUUGGGUGCCUCCUAGGAAUUCUACAGCUCGUCCUCUCCCCUCGCUCCCACCUCUACUCCAACGUGUUUGAAAUAUCCGCCGCCGUUCUCACUUCCUUCCUCGCUCGCGCAUUUGGCAGUAUCCCCUACAAAGGCGGCCAUCUCUUCUGCUUUGCAGCCCUCGCCCAAUCCUCCAUCGCUCUCAUUCUCCCCGGCUACCUCGUUCUCUGCGCCAGCCUAGAGCUUCAAUCACGCAGCAUCGUCGCCGGCUCCGUUCGCAUGGUGUACGCCAUCAUCUAUUCCCUCUUUCUCGGCUUUGGCAUCACAAUCGGCACUGCCGUGUACGGCCUUUUAGACCGCCACGCCUCAACAGACUAUACAUGCCCUGCCAGCCCUAUCACGAACGAGUACCUCCAGCGCUUUCCCUUUGUCAUCAUCUUCACUUUCUGCCUCGCCACAGUCAACCAGGCCAAAUGGAAGCAGAUCCCCGUGAUGCUCGUUAUCGCUUUUGCCGGAUACAUUACCAACUACUUUGGCGCGAAACGCUUCUACUCUUCCACGCAGGUCUCUUCCGCCCUGGGAGCAUUCGUUGUUGGGGUCAUGGCAAACCUCUAUUCGCGUCUUCGGCACGGCCUAGCAGCAGCAGCCAUGCUCCCUGCCAUCUUUGUGCUUGUCCCAUCUGGCCUCGCAGCCAGUGGGUCAUUGGUAGCGGGAAUUGCAUCGGCAGGCCAAAUUACCACGCAGCAGACGCCGUUCUCGGUGCCCAGUAACGGCACGCAGAGCUUCGUCGACGCGGCGAAAAACAUGACCGCUGAGCACCGCCAGCAGAGCUACCAAGAGAAUCCUUUCCAGGGUGUCGUCUUCGACAUUGGAUACGGGAUGGUACAGGUUGCUAUUGGGUUUACUGUGGGACUGUUUCUUGCUGCUUUGGUGGUUUAUCCGCUUGGGAAGAAGCGCAGCGGGCUUUUUAGUUUCUAA